AUGAAUGACUUGGUCCUUCAGCAAAAUCAUGCUCACAAUUCGCAGGGGAGGGAGCUGAGCGGAGGCGCCUUUGAUCGGAGCGAGACGAGCCCCGCCGGGCACCGGCACCCCCGGGAACCGGCACCGCGUGUCCCCGAGGCAUCCGACACCGGGAUCGAGACCGCGGCACCGCCGGGCACCGGCAGCGAGAGCGAAGCCCCCCCGGCACCGGGACCGAGACAUCACCGGGCACCGCACCGGGACCAGCAGCGGGACAUCGGGCAGCGGCACCCCCGGACACCGGGACCGAAGCCCCCGGGCGCCGAUCGCCGGGCUGCGAUGCUUCCCGGGGCGGGUCCCCUCCGUGCCUUCCUCCUCCGCUGCCUGCUGCUCCUCUUCGCCUCCGAGAGCCGAGCCCGGGCUCGGCCGGAUAUGUUCUGCGACUUCAAUGGCAAGAAGUACAGCCCAGGCGAGAGCUGGCAUCCCUACCUGGAGCCACAGGGGCUGAUGUACUGCAUCCGCUGCAGCUGCUCUGAGAACGCCAACAUCAGGUGCUACCGGAUCCAGUGCCCGGCUCUGCAGUGCGCCAGCCCUGUCACAGACCCCCAGCAGUGCUGCCCGCGUUGUCUCGAGCCACAUUCCCCUUCUGGCCUCCGGGCACCCAUCAAGUCCUGCCAGUACAACGGGACGACGUACCAGCAAGGCGAGAUGUUUACCACCAGUGAGCUCUUUCCCAGCCGCCAGCCAAACCAGUGUGUGCAGUGCAGCUGCUCUGAAGGCCAGAUUUACUGCGGCUUGGUGACCUGCCCGGAGCUGUUGUGCUCCUCUCCCCUCACUGUGCCAGAUUCCUGCUGCCAGGUCUGCAAAGAUGGCUCCUAUGAGAAGUCCACAGAAGAGGAACCACUGCAGUUAAACAGAGGUGUUAGGCACUCGCAAGACCAGUGCUUGGGGGAAGCGAUGGGCAGGAAGCCACCUGGAGCCACCGCAUCCACUGUUCUCAGUUCUUCCCUGGAGUUCAUUCCCAGGAGCUUCAAACCCAAGGGAGGAGGUGGCACCACCGUGAAGAUCGUCUUGAAAGAGAAGCACAAGAAAGCUUGUGUUUACAACGGGAAGACGUACUCCCAUGGGGAAGUCUGGCACCCCGUCUUCCGGCUCUACGGCCUCCUGCCCUGCAUCCUCUGCACUUGCAGGGACGGUGUCCAGGACUGCCAGAAGAUCACAUGCCCCAAGGAGUAUCCGUGUGACUAUCCGGAGAAAGUAGAUGGGAAAUGCUGUAAAAUAUGUCCAGAAACUAGAGUCAAACCCACUGAUGAAAUAGUCACCACCCGGUGUGGCAAGAACCCCAACCGCGUCCUGGUGUACAUGUUUGUGCCGCCAAGCUCGGAGACCUCCAAGGAGAUCCUCAGGACAAUUGCGAUCGAGAAGGAGCCCGCAGAAGAGGUGGAAAUCUACAACUGGAAACUGAUUAAAGGGAUCUUUCAUCUGAUACAGACCAAGAAGAUCAGCAAACAAGAAUUCAAGCAAGAAGCGCAGAACUUCAGGCUGAUCACCAGGACGAACGAAGGUCACUGGAACAUCUUCCGAGCCCAGACGUCAGAGCUGAGGAUGACAGAGAGCCCAGAGAAAGAAACGAAGAACUUGUAA